AAGUGACCAACGGCCUAGACCACUCUCAGGGCAGUCGGCUACUCGGAAGGGCUGCGAAGGUUUCCAGGCCGGGCUCUGGACUUAACUUUCUUACCCUGCCCAACGUGGAAAAAAUCACGACUACAAGAGAAUAUAUAACAUCAACCCUUAAUCGGUGGACGGCCAAGAAACCCCCUCCCUUGACCCUCCUUCAACGUUCGCCGAGUACUGGCUAUGCGAUAAGCUCUCUCAUGGCAUUACUGGAUUCGACAGCGUCCCAUCACGCACAUCCGGUACCUGCCGGGCAACGAAUGCUCGCGGAGCUAUCAAGGUAGGAAUCGCUGCUGCGGGACCCCUUCUUGAUCCUCCGGUCUCGUCCUCGUCGAGUCUCGCGGUAUGCAUUCCAUACUGAGUAGACUUUACCGCCCCGAAAGCUCGAUUGGCACGGACGGCUCAAGAGACGAACCGGCCGCGUCACCCACAUACUUGCGAAAGCCCCCAUCAACCCAGAAUGCCGCUGGGGAUACAAUCUUGACAGGGCUUGCCGAGCUAGGAGCUUAUCGAGUAGACUGUCAUCAAGCCUUCGUUACACUGCUGGAGAACAACGAGCCGUAUGUGAUCGCGGAGGCAAUAAUCCCUCAUAUCGCCAAGAAAGAUGAAAACGGGAAGAGCUCAUUGCUCGGCUUAAAGACCUUGGGAUUGACGGCUGAUGGAAGCUAUCCUACAAACGGAUUCAAAGGGAUACCGAAUGACGGAUGUCGUAUUGUCCCGGACAUAUGCUCAGACCAUACUAUUGGUGGCCAUCCAUUUGUCACUCAAUGCUCUGAUAUGCGCUUCUACGCGGAGGUCCCCCUCCGCAGCUCUGCAGGUGAUAUCUUUGGAACAUACUGUGUUACUGACAGUACUCCACGCCCGUCAUUUGCCGACGGUGAAGUUGAUAAUUUAAAGCAAGUCGCAAGUUCCAUCGCCGGACAUCUCGAAAAUAUUUGGACACUACAUAAACGCUGUAAGUCUGAGCGGCUUCUCGGCGCGCUCACGGAAUUUGCUAAAGGCCAACCUUCGGGGGACAACGAGCGAAACUCCCACAGCAGCAGGGGCUCUUUGGAUCAAAUCUCACAUCGGUCAUCAGAGCUUCCUGAUAUCGAUCGCAUUUCGUUGUCAACGGACACUACGCAUGAUAAAUCUGGAUCGGAAAGACCGAAACAAAAGGACAGGGCACAUUCACCAUCGUUCUUCAAACGCAGUGAUGUUCCCAUGAAGGCGCCCCCCUCACCUGAAAAACACCAACAACAUGUCAGGAGAUUCUCAGACGUGUCUAGUAACUUGAUCGCUGUUUCAGAAGGUGUGACAUCAUCUGGAACAUCCGCUCUGUUUUCUCAGGCUAGCCUGUUGCUGCGAGAGUGUAUGAAGUUAGAUGGUGUGGUGUUUUUGGAUGCGUCGCGCACUAACUCUCGGAGUUUUUCAACGGCCAGCGUCAGUGACUGGGAGGAUCUCAGCAAAGAUACCGAUACCUCAGCACCUCUUCAGUCUCCUGGGCUGUCAUCACAAGGCCCAUGGUCCGAGAAACAAUGUGACAUGCUAGGUUGCGCCUUAUCUGAAAACCUACUGGGUAACAAUGGCUACUCGACCUUUUUUGGCUUGACAGAAGGCUUGCUACAUGAAUUGUUCGCGGCGUUCCCACAUGGCGAAGUGUUCUACCCUCCAGGCAUAACACGACGUUUUUCAGUGCAAUCCACCAGUAGUCGUGGCCAUAGCCGACAAGGUAGUGAUGGCGGCCGAUCCAUGCACUAUUCUAUCACUAUUCGAUUAGGGCAUGACUUCCCCGAAAGCAAAUCCCUCAUAUUCCUUCCAUUGUGGAACUGGGACAAGUCUCGAUGGCUUGCAGGUGCGGUCGUGUGGAUGAACGAUAAGCAACGGCCAUUAGGAGCGGAUGAUCUUUGGUAUUUAAGAGCAUUCGGUGAUUCCAUAGUUGCCAAAUUCUCCCAGCUUGGAUGGAGUGCUACGGAAAAAUCAAAAUCGGAUCUGCUUUCAUCUGUUAGCCAUGAACUACGCUCACCCUUGCAUGGAAUGCUUGCCAGCGCUGAACUGCUGCAGACAACGAGCUUAGAGCCUGCCCAACGAGAUAUGCUUACAAUGGUUGAAACUUGCGGUCUGACAUUGUUAGACACGAUGAACUACCUCCUGGACUUCACAAAGGUCAACAACCUAACACAUAUACAUAAGGCGGGGGAGGCUAGUGGUUCGGCCUAUGACAACCUGACUACCGACUUUGACCUCGGUACGCUGAUUGAAGACGUCUCUGAGACCUUGUAUGCUGGCCACCGGUCUCUUAUCAACGCUGCUAAAAUAGCCGGUCGGUAUCUGCCCAGCGGCGCCGGUGUCGGUAACAGAUCUAUUGGUACCGAAAUCAAACAAUUAGACAAUCCUGAUGAUCUGUCUGUCGUCGUCCGCAUUGAAGAGCAAAAGUCGUGGUCGAUUCAUUCUGUCUCGGGAGGGUGGCGGAGAAUUGUGAUGAAUAUACUUGGGAAUUCGUUUAAGUUUACUCGCUCAGGUCUCAUUGAGGUUUCCUUGUCUAAAGAGGUGGAGGGAGUUGGCAACCAGAAGACAACUCUUGCCCACCUGUCGGUCAAAGAUACAGGAUGCGGAAUUGAAUCAGAAUUCCUUGAACAUCAGCUUUACAAGCCUUUUGCACAGGAAGACGUGUUAACCGAAGGAUGUGGACUAGGCUUGCCUAUUGUGCAGCAAAUCGUGACCAACCUAGGUGGCUACGUUGAGGUGCAUAGCCAGGUUGGUGUCGGAACACAGGUUGAUGUGCACGUUCCCAUUGAAUAUGCCGUCCAAAUACCACCACCUUCGGCCCCUCUUAAACAGACAGAGCGUCCAGGAUCGCGGAUCAUGACGCGGGUUUGCCUGGUCGGUCUGAAUCCGUAUGCCGAACUUAAGGGAGCCCGGAAGGGAGUUAUCACGACCGAGGCGAAGCGGAAGCUGUCAAUUCGCGGAGCGCUCAGCAAUGUGCUUCUCAGCCAGCCUGGGUGGAUGGUAUCCUUCGCUGAUUCGCUUGAUAAAGGCUCCGGUGACAUUGGUGUCGUCGAGGAGUCUAGCCUAAAGAAGAUCGCUGAAGCUGGUCCGAUCGAUACCCAGUUCACCACGAUAAUCGUGCUCGGUGAACAUGGGGUAUCUCUUCCAGGAAACUUUGCCAUUAAAAACGCGGAUAUAAUAUAUGUGUCCCAGCCACUUGGUCCUCGCAAACUUAAUGAUGCACUGCAACGGUUCAUCGACGCCCAUCGCGAAGAAAGCCCGUUGUCAGAGAGCCCGGUUGCAGGCCCAUUCUCUGGAUUUCCUGGCCGUGGGCGCUCCUUAUCCGCAGCAUUUGCUGCCGCGAAGGGAUCGGAAUCACCUCCUAUGGUCAGGGAAAAUGUCGCGGAGCUUUCACCGUUUCCCACUCCUCAGGCCCUGAACCAGAAGAACAUCCAUGUUCUCAUCGUGGAUGACAAUGACGUAAAUAUAAAGAUUCUGGCUACUUUUAUGCGCAAGAUAGGUUGUAGUUACGAGACCGCGACCAACGGACUCGCCGCACUAGAAAAGUACAAAGCAUGUGCGGGACAAUUCGACUACGUCCUAAUGGAUAUCUCCAUGCCCAUCAUGGAUGGAAUAGUAUCCACAAGCAAGAUCCGGGAGUAUGAAGAACAAAAUUCUCUGCCACGAUGCACUAUUAUGGCAGUUACUGGAGUGGCAUCGAGCUCAGUGCAACAACAGGCUUUCGCGGCUGGCGUUGACGAUUAUCUGGUUAAGCCCCUUUCUCUUCACGACUUGAAACGAAUUAUGAGUGUUGAAUGAGUUUUGGUGUUUCUUUUUAGAGGAGGUGGGUGCUUGGAGUAUGGUGUUUACGAAAGCGAAUACCAAUAUGUUUUUAUGUUUCUAAGUGCUCAACUAGGGCUUGAUAAAAUUAUAUGAAUUUUGUUCAGCCUUUGCUGUUUAGCUUCUGUGUUUGAUGGGACUGUUACAACAUGGGCUGGACUAUUCUAGUACGGUCUGCGUGCAGGCG